AUGCCAUCUAUUUAUUUUUCCCAGUUCUUCGUACUUCUAUUCUAUGUGCUCGUUUGCGUGUGUGUCUGAGAGAGAGAGAGAGAGUGAGUCGGUGAAGUGAAGAGUGAAGUAGAAGUAGAAGUACUCGCUCUUGUAUCAAUCACAUUCACAGAGAAGAAUGAGAAAUCAUAUCUUCUUUUACGCUUUUGCUGUUCUCUCUCUCACUUCCUUUCUUCAUUUUCCAGCUCACGCUGCUCCUUCAGGAACAUUAAUCAAGCAUCUAUCUUCACUUCUCAUACGGAAAUGGUCUAACACCAAGACCUCUCAAUCAGAUGGAAAUGCUCUUCAAUUUGAGAAUGGUUACAUAGUUGAGACUCUUGCGGAAAGAAACGAUAUUGGGGUCAUUCCAUAUAGAAUCCGUGUCUCCGACGAGGAUGAACUCUUUGCUGUUGAUGCAAUUAAUAGCAACAUUGUUCGAAUCACCCCACCAUUGUCUCAGUAUAGUAGAGGAAGAUUGGUAGCUGGGUCAUUUCAAGGCUACACAGGUCAUGUGGAUGGAAAACCAAGCGAUGCACGUUUUAAUAAUCCCAAAGGCAUCGCUCUCGAUGAUAAAGGGAAUGUUUAUGUUGCUGAUACUCAGAAUAUGGCCAUCAGAAAAAUUGGAGAUGCCGGUGUGACAACCAUUGCUGGAGGGAAGUCAAAUGUUGCAGGCUACAGGGACGGGCCUGGUGAAGAUGCUAAGUUCUCAAAUGAUUUUGAUGUGGUGUAUGUUCGGCCAACCUGUUCCUUGUUGGUCAUUGAUAGAGGAAACGCCGCUCUUCGGCAAAUCUUUCUCAACCAAGAGGAUUGUAAUUAUCAAUCUACUUCAAUUUCUAUGACAGAUAUCCUUACAGUUGUUGGUGCUGUCAUAGUAGGAUAUGCUGCAUGCUUGGUUAAGCAGGGAUUUGGAUCCUCUUUCAUCUCAAAAAUGCAACCAUCAGAAAGAGAAUUUAAAGACCAAGCAAGCAGUGAGACUAAGCCGAUUCUAGAGCGAAAUGAUGAAGAAAUGGGAUGGCCAUCUUUUAGACAGCUUGUUGUUGAUCUUUCGAAGAUCUCUCUCGAAGCGUUGACUAGUUUGUUCCUUCAAUUCGUACCCUCGUAUUUCAGACCUGACAGCACCAAGAGAGGCCUCACGCCACUGAAAGAUCGUCUUAGAAUGCCUGAAGAUGAAAUGGUGCCCACAUUGGUCAAAAGGCAGAGUGCUCCUGCUCCUCUUACUGAAAGUAGGCAGGUCCAUCUUACAAGUGGAACUGAAAAAUAUUCAGAAACUAAGACUGCUAAGGUAAAAUCAAGCGUUCCAAAGGACCCUUCUUUGCCAAGCAAGCACCGUUCAUCAAAGAGACAUGAGUAUGCUGAGUUUUAUGGAUCAAGUGAGAUUCCACCUCACACUAAAUCCAAGAGCCUGAAACAAAGGUCAAAACAUAGGCAACGGGAAAAGAGUGAACAAGUUUUGGGGGCAGUUGGAGUCGAGCAAAAGCCGCCUGAAAUGAGGGCAGUUGAUUAUGCAAAUACAAAAUAUGACCCUUACAAUUACAAUAUGAGCACUAAGUAUGUACCCGAGGAUACGUCCCGUUUCAAUCCUCAUUAACAGGUUUUAACUAUUUUGUUUAUGGUUUACCUGUAUUCUGUUGUCCUUAUUAUACAUUGGUUUGGAGUUAGUCUGUCCUUGAAGCUAUAUUCUGACUAAAAUUUUGUGCUUAGUGAAACAUGCAUAUGGGGAUGUAAUUUCUGACCAAUUUCCUUACAAUUUUUUUUAUAGAAUUAGCAUCAGCUACA